AUGGGUGCCGAGGACGACAGAUCCACCGCGCAGAGCCACUCCAGUGCGGAGCCAGAUCUGGCUGCUGGGGCUGCGCCAUGUGCGCCGGAAGACGAAAAGCCAGAGCCACAGGCGUGGAUGCUGUCACAGCCAGUUCUGCGCGACUGUAACUAUGGUGGAGCCUUCUGCGAGCUUCUCGUGGUGGAGGCGAUUCAGGAGUACUUGUCGUUUCACAACCUGCAGGACUCGCUGGGCGCGCUGAGGCGAUCUUUGGGAAAGACCGGUUUGCGCGAGAUGUUUGGCUGCGCAAGCGAGAGUGUGCCUGAUGUGAAGGGGCAAUCUGAGGACAAAGGAGUUCAGCCCUGUGUGCCGAGAGGGCAGAUGGAGCUGUCGGUGGUCAAUGCGCUUCGCGAGUUUGACGAGGGCCAGCGGGACAACUUCUUCCAACUGUGGAGUGGCCUGGUGCCCCCCGAUUCUAUUGGCGGCCCCACAGGAUGCUCGCUGGAGUUGCGCUUGCGCGUGUACUUUGGCAUUUACGAGAGCCGCAAGGCGGCACCUGAUGUGUAUGAUGAGAGUUGCACUUUCUGGCCCGAGCCAGACUUCACGGACUUGAAGGCCUUUUUAGCGUCCAAGCCCUCUGCCGCUGAGUCGGCGCAAAGUCUCUCACCUCUGUAUGCGCUGCCUUUUGUUCCACGGCCGCAAGAGAACGCAGCCCUGCGCUUCAUCUUCGAGGAUGCCUGGUCCCAGAAACUGCGCACGGAUGUCCAGGCUUUUUUGACAGCCUAUGCCAGCAUGCGCCAUGCGCCGUCUUUGCGGCACUUGGUGGGCGCCCUGAUUGCGGCCAAGUGCCCCAAGCAGUCGCCGCCCCCCGCCAGCUGGCAUGAGAUGCUGCGCAUCGCAAACUUCGGCUUGACCACGGCGAAUCAUGCCGUGCAGAGGUUGGGCAAGGCGCCAGGCCACGGAGCGGAGCAAGCGUCGCAUGCGAAGGAGCUUCAGGAAUGGCUCUGCACGGGCGGAACCGCCUUGCCGGAAUUGCAGAAGCAGGCCUGCGAUGCCCGGCGCUUGUUCGGGUCGCUGGCACGAAGACCCGAGGCGCCUCCUGUGCAGGAGCCUGCACGGCCCGUGGGUCGGCCGUCCAUUGCAAGCCUCGCGCGCGCGCUCAGCUCCGACUUGGAGCCGCAGGGCGGCUCCAGUCCUGGUCAGGGCGUCAUGGUCUCCCAGGAGCGACUUUGGCCCAUGUCGCGAGAGGCACUCCGCGGAAGCUCUGCCUCGAGCUUAAACGCCUCCAACUCCAAUGCGAACGUAAGAAGGCUCCAUUCCGCCAGAAGCAUCGAGUCCAGGGCUCGCACAGCAACGGCCCUGCUGCCAGUUCCCCCUGCGCUGGACUUUGGGCGCAUUGCGUCGCUGGUGGCAGAGGAGGUGACAGAGGACUUGCCGUCCAUUCUGUCGGUGCUGCGGGCGGUCCUCAGGCGCCUGGCGCUGCCGGACGAGCCCAUCCGCCCCAGGCGCGCCUUCCUGGCCGCCUUCGCGUGCUUCGGAGCCUUGCGUACUUUGGCGAUGAAGCUGCACGAGAUGGUGACUGGAGAUCCGCUGCACUUGGAGAUGUCCCUGGCCGUGAUGGCGGUCUGCGCGUGUGAGGUCGUGGGCCGCCGAGAAAUAGAAGCAGCGGAGGCGCAGGCUGGAUGCAUCUCCGCACUCAUCUCGGUGGCGAACUCUUCAGUUCGGAGUCUUGCUCACAUGCACUGCCUCGCGGUGCUGCAGCGCUUGUCUCUACGAGGUCAUUUGCAGUCAAAGAUGAUCCGCCUUGGAGCACUGGAUGUGGUUCUGAAGCUCUUGGAGUCUGUCCGGAAGGAGGAGGGUCCUGGCACGUCCGACUGGUGCAGAUUGGGACCUGGCGACGGACCUGACACUCCCGACUUUUCCAUCGAGUUCACUUCUGCACUGCUGAUGAACCUCACUCUCCGCUCGGCGGGACGAAGGCGGUGUGCUGAGCUUGGUGCCUAUUCCGUGCUGGUGGGACUCAUCGAGCACCCGAAUCCACAGGUGCGAACGCACAUCAACGGCACCCUCUACACGCUCCUCGGGGUGAAGGCCAUUCGCGGCGAAGCACAGCGCCAGGGCGCGGAGGCAGUCUUCCAGUCUGCGUUGGAAAGGGUCACGCCAGAGAACGAGCUGCUGCAGAGGCAGUUGGAGUUUCUCCAGCAUCAACUCCACCGCAGCGAUGGCGAUAGCGACGAGGAAUCUGAAGAGGGAGAUCCCUCACCAGAGGGCGAUGCCGACGAUGGUGACAACUUCCUAGAUGAAGAGGAGCUUGCCGCACACUUUCACCUUGCUUCUGUGGCAGCCGUUGGGCAAGGUGACGGCUUCUCUCCGGCUGAGAUCGAGGCCAAUGCAAAAGCUGCUGCUGCAGAAGCAGCAGCUGCUGAGGAGGCCUUAAGAUGCUUCCGCGCCACUCCUGCAGUGGCAGACGCCCAGCAGCGUCGGUUUCAUGCCUUCAUCGCCAGAAGUUGCAGAAACCUCAUGUCUCCAAAGAGGCGAGGGCAUUCCUUCGACCGAAUGUCGCCGCUCUCACCUCCCAUGCUCUCGCCGAGCUCGUCACCGGAACCUGGACAGCCUGCCAAAGUUGCGGAGCCGCCAGUGACGGUGACAAUCUCGCCGGAGAUGCAUGAGGCUCCUGGUUUGGUGCCAGAGGCUCCCAGUGACAAGUCACCAGAUCCACUUGGAUCCCUGUCGCCAAGCACUGGAUCGCAGCCACAGUCAACUUCUUCCAAGUUGGAGGUUUCGCCGCAAAGAGGAUCGGCAAAAAUGACUGAAGGAGUUCUGAUGAAGGCUGCGGAACAGGCGAAUCGGUCGGAGCGCGGUCAACGGCCACCACGUCAACCGUCCGUGGAUGAAAAGUCGCCCAAUCGCCGCCCGGCAUCAAGGCCGAACGGCGAUUCAGAGGAAGGCGUAGGACGUGGGAAGGGUCGUGGCCGCGGCCGUGGUUCCAACACGGUGACAAAGUCAGCCUCCUUGCCUCCAUUGCCGGAGAGCAAGGCGGGAUCCAUGCGCCAUUUUCCGAGUCUUCUGCGGCUGGGCCUGUGUGCCAAGGUGGCCGGUGGGCAGCAGCCGCAGCGAUGUCAGCUGCUGUGGGUGGCCAGGAAGGAGGCUUCCGUCGACCCCGGCCGGCACCAAGCGAAAGGCCGGGGACAGUGGAUGUAA